GUAUGCCACCACCACUCCUCCGCCAGCCAAUGCUGUGCGGACAUGCCCGGCCGUUUCUGCUGCCUCCAGCCGGCAGGCAGGUACAAGUACAACAAGUAGAGCGAAGCAGAAACCCCAAGGAACUGCCUCGGGAGGAUCACACAAGUCGCCCGAUCAACAAGGUUCGAGGGCACCGGGAGAGAGAGAUGGGCGCCGUCCCGGAGGCGGUCGCCGCCGUGGCGGUGCUUGUCGGGCUGGCGGCGGCGGCGGCGGCGGCGGGGAGAGGCCGGGGAUGGAGCGAGGAGGACUCGGGCGUGCCGGGGGAGGUGACGUACGACCACCGGGCCCUGGUGCUGGACGGCGCCAGGAGGAUGCUCUUCGCCGGGGAGAUGCACUAUCCCAGGAGCACGCCUGAGAUGUGGCCAAAACUCAUUGCUAAAGCAAAGGAAGGUGGCCUUGAUGUGAUACAGACCUAUGUAUUUUGGAAUGUCCACGAGCCUGUCCACGGCCAGUACAACUUCGAGGGAAGAUAUGAUCUUGUAAGAUUCAUCAAGGAAGUUCAAGCUCAAGGGCUCUAUGUAAACCUCAGGAUCGGUCCCUUCAUCGAGGCCGAAUGGAGAUAUGGAGGCUUCCCGUUUUGGCUACAUGAUGUCCCAGACAUUACCUUUCGGAGCGAUAACGAACCCUUUAAGCAACAUAUGCAAAGAUUUGUUACAGAUAUAGUAAACAUGAUGAAACAUGAACAGCUGUAUUACCCGCAAGGAGGCCCAAUUAUAAUUUCUCAGAUUGAGAACGAAUACCAAAUGGUUGAACCUGCAUUUGGAUCAAGUGGACAGCGUUACGUCAGCUGGUCAGCUGCGAUGGCUGUGAAUCUUCAGACGGGUGUACCUUGGACAAUGUGCAAACAAAAUGAUGCUCCAGAUCCAGUUAUAAAUACCUGCAAUGGGCUCAUUUGUGGAGAAACAUUUGUUGGACCAAACUCAGCUAACAAGCCUGCAUUGUGGACAGAAAAUUGGACCUCUCGCUAUCUAAUAUAUGGCAACGAUACAAAAUUGAGAUCUCCAGAAGAUAUCGCCUUUGCAGUUGCGUACUUUCUAGCAAGGAAGAAUGGGAGCUAUGUGAGCUACUAUAUGUACCAUGGAGGAACAAACUUUGGGAGGUCUGCUUCUUCAUAUGUAACAACAAACUACUACGAUGGAGCUCCUCUAGAUGAAUAUGGUUUGAUAUGGCAACCAACAUGGGGCCAUCUGAGAGAAUUGCAUACUACAGUAAAACAAUCAUCAGAACCAUUACUUUUUGGAACAUACUCCAAUUUUUCAUUAGGUCAAGAACAAGAGGCACAUGUUUUUGAAACAGAAUCACGAUGUGUUGCUUUCUUAGUGAACUUUAAUCCGCACCAGACAUCAGAAGUAGUAUUUCGUAAUAUAUCAUUGCAAUUGGCCCCUAAAUCAAUCAGCAUUCUCUCCGAUUGCAAGAUAGUAGUUUACGAAACAGCUAAGGUAAAUGCUCAGCAUGGUACAAGAACAACAGAACAAGUACAAUCUUUGAAUGACAUUAAUACUUGGAAAGCAUUCAAAGAAUCAAUUCCUCAAGAUGUGACUAAAGCUAUGCACACUGGAAACCAGCUAUUUGAACAUCUGACAACCACUAAAGAUGAGACGGACUAUCUUUGGUACAUUGUUGGCUAUGAAUAUACACCAAGCGAUGAUAACCAGCUUGUGCUACUUAAUGUUGAGUCACGGGCACAUAUAUUGCAUGCUUUCGUCAACAAUGAAUAUGUAGGUAGAGUACAUGGGAGCCAUGAUGGACCUGCCAAUAUAAUUCUUAGCGCAAAUAUUUCAUUGAAGGAAGGACCUAACAGCAUAUCGUUGCUAAGUGCUAUGGUUGGAUCACCGGACUCUGGUGCUCAUAUGGAAAGAAGAGUCUUUGGGAUCCGGAAAGUGAGCAUACAGCAGGGAUGGGAGCCAGAACAAAUUCUCAACAAUGAGCUAUGGGGAUACGAAGUUGGCUUAUUUGGGGAAAGGAAUCGCAUCUACACACAAGAGGGAUCGGACAAUGUUGAAUGGACAGCUAUCAACAAUUUGACAUAUAGUUCGCUUACUUGGUACAGGACAGCAUUUCCCACACCAGCAGGAAACGAUGCAGUGGUACUGAACCUUACUGGCAUGGGAAAAGGUGAAGUAUGGAUCAAUGGAGAGAGCAUUGGACGGUAUUGGGUCUCCUUCAAGGCUCCUAGCGGCAAUCCUUCGCAAUCUUUGUAUCACAUCCCACGGCAAUUUCUAAACCCUCAAGACAAUGUUCUAGUCCUUUUUGAGGAAAUGGGCGGGGACCCACAACAGAUAACAGUGAACACAGUUUCCAUCACAGGAGUGUGUGGCAAUGUGAAUGAGCUCUCUGCACCAUCGCUCCAGUCCCAGGAUAAGGAACCAGCAGUGGAUAUCUCGUGCCAGGAAGGCAAACAAAUCUCGGCAAUUGAGUUUGCGAGCUAUGGGAAUCCUAUAGGGGACUGCGCAAGCUAUGGCAUCGGAAGCUGUCAUGCUGAAUCAUCAGAAUGGGCGGUAAAGCAGGAUUGCGUGGGUAAGACUAGGUGCUCUGUUCCAGUAACACCUGCCAAAUUCGGAGGCGAUCCCUGCCCUGGAAUCCAAAAAUCCCUUCUACUUGUGGCUAGUUGCAGAUGAUACAAGAAAAUCAUACUAGUAUACCACACAGAAAGAAGUUAGUUGAAUGACAGAAUCAGAUAGAGGAAAGUGAAAUUCAUACGAACAGCAAUUAUUCUUAUUAGUAGGCAAGAAGUUGAUGGUUGGAGGCAUACUUCAUAGACUACAUCUACCCAUUGCUUUGACCUCUGUACCUCACAGCAUAGAUUCGUGCAGAUUUUAGCCGAGAGAGAACUUAUUAGUUUGUGAUUCGA